CAAAAAAACUUGAAGUUCUCAGAGAUGAAUGCUGUGAAAGCUUACUUCAACAGGAAUUGGACAAGAGAAGACCUGAUGAAUACUGGAGAAAUUUCCGAGUACGCUUACACAAGCUUGACGACGGUGUAUCUUACUCUCUUCUGUGCCAUGUUGAGCUUUACUUUUGGAUCCUUCUUGCACUUGAUCAUCUGGGAAGUGGGAUGGCUGUUCACAGUUCUUUCUUCUGUAGCAAGUUUACUCUGGCUUUACUUUGCAUCACCAUUGAGAGUGAGGCUGAGGAUCUCACUAUUGCUGUAUGCAGCAUGUACCUUGGGUGCUUCUUUUUGCCUUGUUACCAAAUAUCUCUUCGAAAUUUAUCCACCCCUUAUUGUCAACGUUUUGGAAGGUUCAGCAUUUAGCAUUGGAUUUAUCUGGUAUGGAUCCACGUAUACAAGGGAAAGGAGAGAAAUCUACAUGACUUGCCUGAAUUUUUCUUAUGCUCUAAUGUGCGCCAGCAUUUUUGUGUAUGGUAUAGAUAUCCUUCACACCCACACAGUUCAUUGGGUGUUUAAGGUAAACACUGUGCAAGCAUUGUUCAUGGGGUACUUAGUGAUAUAUAGCCAAGAUUUACUGUAUAAUGCUGGCAUAGGAGAAAUUAACUCUGUGGAUUGCACACUCGCCGUCUUCUUCCAUUUACCGGGUAUAGUGGUCCAUGCUGCAAGAGUUUUCCUGACUGCAGAAAAUGAGCAACACAGAGAGAAUUAA